GCACGCUCCGAGGAUCGUCGAGCCUCCCUCGCGCCGCCGGGGGCGGCGGCGGCGCCGCCGAUGGGCUCCGCGGCCGCCGCCGCGGUGACGCCCAAUGACGCCGCCGCGCUCUCCAGCCUCGCGGCCCUGCCGUUCCUCGGGGCCGCGGUGCGCCGGGGCGGCGGCAGCGCGCAGUGGGCCUGCUCGCUGGCGCUGGCCUCCGCGGCCUCCCUGCUCUACCACGCGGCGGAGACCACGCGGCACGACUGCGGGUCGCACGACCUGCCGGGCGCCGGCUGGGCGCGGGCCUGGGCCGGGUACGAGGAGCAGCUCCUGCCCGUGGACAGGGCCUGCGCCGCGGUGGCCUUCGCGGCGACCGCGUGGGCCUGCGGCGGGCCCGCGGAGGCGCUGCGGCGCCUGAGCAGCUCCGCGGGCUCGCUGGCGCAGGCCGUGCUCGGGGUCUGCUGCCUCCUGGCCAGCGACUUCUGCGGCCUGACCCGCUGGACCUACGCCCUGGUGCACUCGGUGUGGCACCUGUGCGCCUUUGCCCUCGCGGGGCGCCUCGUGCUCCUGGGCGGCCCCGCGCCCCCGUUCGCCGACCCGGUGGACCUCCUCGUGGUCGGCCUGGGGAACCCGGGGCCGGAGUACGAGCGCACCAGGCACAACCUCGGGGCGCAGGUCAUCAGGCUGCUGGCGGCGCGCCUGGGAGCCGAGCUGGCCCCGGCGCGCGGGGCCUGCGCGCUGGUGGCCACGGUCGUGCUGGGCGGGUGCAAGGUGGCGCUGGCGUGCCCCCGCACGUACAUGAACCGCUCGGGCGUGGCCGUGGAGGCGCUAUGCCGUGCCCACGGCGUCGCCAGGGCCGAGCAGGUCGUGGUGGUGCACGACGAGCUGGACCUGCCCCCGGGCCGGCUGAAGCUCAAGUUGGGGGGCAGCGAGGCGGGCCACAACGGGCUGCGCUCUGUGGCCGCGCGCCUCGGGAGCCUCGACUUCGUGCGCGUGCGCGUGGGCGUCGGCAAGCCGCCGAAGGGGCGGGGCCCGGAGUGGGUGCUCAGUCGCGCGCAGGACCCGGAAGCGGCGGCUGCGCUGGACGCGGCGGCCGAGCGGGCCGCCGACGCGAUCGAGGCGCUUGCCGAGGGCGGCCUGGAGAAGGCAAUGACCACGUUCAACGGAAGGGCCUGAGAGGGCCUGCAACGGCGGUUCCCUUCGGCUGCUGCCAUUGCGCUUUCCGGUCCUCUGAGGGGCCAGGAGGCCAAUUGGCACGAAUCGGACAAGCCCGGGCAAGGCCAAGUGACGAGCGCCCAGCCAAAUACAUGUUGCAGCGUCUCCGCAGUUUCCGCCGGGGCUUCGCCCACCCACCAUUGCCGCCCGCGCGAGCUGCACGCGGGCCACGAGGACCUUCCAUCCCAGGAAACUCGGUCCUCGAUCCUCCUAGAUCUCCUCGGUCUCUUCUGCGUGCGGCGCGUCCACGGUCGUGUCGACUGACCCCCUUUGGCCCUUGCGCACUGUGCUGGACGUGGCGCUCCC